CUCGGGGAGCGGCGCGCGGUGCAUGAGGGCGAGCGCGCGGGCGCUGUGCACCCGCCGGCCACGCCGCCUCUAUAAACACUUGUUUAGGACUCGUUCGCCUCGCUGAGGCCGCGGCGGCUGCGGCGCCGAGCAUGGAGCCCCCGUCCGAACCGGAGCCCGAGCCGGAGCCCGAGCCCCGGCCCCUUGCAGAGGCCUCGGCCGCCGCGCCGCUGCGCGCCCCGGAGGUGGCGCGGCUCCGCGAGGAGCAGGAAAAGGUGGUCACUAACUGCCAAGAGAAAAUCCAGCAUUGGGAGAAAGUAGACAGUGACUAUAGUGCUCUUCAAGAGAGACUGAGGACCUUGCCUGACAAGCUGUCGUACGACAUCAUGGUACCAUUCGGCCCUCUUGCCUUCAUGCCAGGAAAACUUGUCCACACUAAUGAAGUCACUGUUUUACUUGGGGACAACUGGUUUGCAAAGUGCUCAGCCAAGCAGGCCGUGGGCUUAGUUGAACAUCGGAAAGAACAUGUGAGAAAAACAAUAGACGAUUUUAAAAAAGUGCUGAAAAAUUUUGAAUCCAGAGUUGAAUUCACAGAAGAUUUGCAGAAGAUGAGUGAUGCUGCAGGUGAUAUUGUUGACAUAAGAGAAGAAAUUAAAAGUGACUUUGAAUUUAAAGGAAAACAACGAAUUGCUCAUAAACCUCAUUCCAAACCAAAGUCUUCAGACAUUUUUGAAGCAGAUUUUGAAGAUGACGUAAGAGCUAAGGAUGUGCUUGCUGAUGAGGAGCUGUGGGCUCGGCUUGAAGAGCUGGAGAGACAGGAAGAGUUGCUGGGAGAACUUGAUAGUAAGCCGGACACUGUGAUUGCAAAUGGAGAAGACACCGUGUCUUCUGAGGAGGAGAAGGAAGAUGAAGGCCCAGGUAUAAAUGUGGUGGCUCCAGUGACCGACGCCUGUGCCCCCAGCAGCUGCUGUAGGGAUGCUGGGAAAGUUGGACUCCAUAGUGAGCAAGCCAGUAGUCAUUGGAACUGUUCAGUGAAUGGUUCAAAUUCUUACCACAGCAACGAAGAAGACGACGAUACUGAUGAUGAUGAUGAUGACGACGACUAUGCUGUUUCAGCAGAUAACUCUGUACCAACAAUAUAUUUCUCUCAUACUGUUGAGCCUAAAAGGGUUCGAAUAAAUACUGGGAAAAAUACCACUUUGAAAUUCAGUGAAAAGAAAGAGGAAGCCAAACGGAAACGGAAGAGCAGUGCUGGCAGCCACACUACCCACGAGCUGCCGGCCAUCAGGAGCCCCGCUGACAUCUACAGAGUCUUUGUAGAUGUUGUGAACGGAGAGUAUGUUCCUCGGAAGUCAAUCCUCAAGUCUCGCAGCCGAGAGAACAGCGUCUGCAGCGACACCAGUGAAAGCAGUGCUGCUGACGUGGACGACCGGCGGGCACUCCUACGGAGCGUGAGCUCUGAGGAUGCGUCCUGCAGCGAUGCCAGUGGGAACCAGAAGGAAGAGCUCCAGGAAGACCACCCCAGGAAGCCUCUGCCCUCCUCGGGAGCAUCCGAGGCUUUUUCUGGAACUGUAAUAGAAAAAGAACUUUUAUCUCCCUCGUCAGCACCACACUCAGCCAUUGCUCACCAUGCCCUACCCACCAUUCCAGAGCGGAAAGAGGUUCUGUCAGGAGCACCGGAAGAGCCUGAGAAGAGGGUCUCAAAGUUCAGGGCUGCCAGACUGCAGCAGAGGAGCUAG